AUCUUUCCUUACCUAACAAAGCGUCUUUUGUUUGAUUGCUAGAUGCUUAUGAAAUUUCUUGGAAAUAAGCACUAAGGGCUCGUUGAUCUAAUUGACAUAAUCGAAAUUAUCAAUUAUUUCCUAAUGUACUUGUGUGACGUGUGUGAACUGAAGAUGUACCGAAGUUUGGGGUUGCUAUCCUUGAUCCUGGUCUCCGUCGUGUCACUAAGAUGUGACUACAAGGGUUACAAGGAUGUCACGGACCGGCCUGUCGAAUCUAUGGAGUGGUUUAAUACACUUUCUGAAUCCUGGUACCAAACCAACAAACGGGGGCUGUUCAACAUGGUGAAGGAAUCAGUAAACGUGAAGUUGGUGUCCGGGUUACCGGACUGGAUCCUAUCUCUGGAGCUGGAGAGGUUAGAGUUUUCGGAGGGCACCGUCCCAGCCAUCACUAGAGUUAGAACUGACCAGGAUAUGGUAAGAUGUCUGAAUGAGGUUAACCAAGAGGUGAAGCUGCGGCGUGUUACCUUCGACAUGAACAUUCUUCUACACAGCAAGGGAUCUAUCGCUCUCCUCGCCAUCAAGCUACUUCUCGGUGUAAGUGGACAGUUGUCUCUCAAUGGAGUGACUCUUAUGGCCCAAGCAAGACUAGAAAUCCUGAUGAACACUAAACAAGAAUUCCCUGGUCUUGUCAGUGCUACUUUCUCUUUCACUGAGAGGCCGCAUUUUGCUUGCAAUGUGGACAUGUACAAUCUGAUCGGGCUUGACACGUUUGGUAUUGACAAAUGGGUAAACGAAAAAGUUGAAGAUAUAAUACAGCAGCAACUGGUUUACCCUGGAAUGUUGUUUAUGGAUCUAACAGGUCUAUCUACCGGACAAGCUGUUCAGACAUCUCUUCUUAGCGGCAUACACGGCGAUUUCAAAGAGUGGCCCGCAGCUUAUUCAGUAGCUGUAAAAAUCAGCCCUGCAGAUGAUAACACGAACGAAAGUGAGUUUGUGGUUAAAGUUGGUAGUGUGGAUGACUCAGCUCCUCACAUGGAACGAAUAAAACACAGUGGCGAAGUACAAUUCGACUUGGCUCUUCAAUCCCUUUCAUACCCACAGGUGGAAGUGAAAGUGACGAAAGAUGUUAGUUUUGCCGUGGAUCCAGUGAUAUUAUCAAAGCAAGUUGACCUGACGAUGAUUCUUGAUGGAAAUACGAUGAACAAAUCCUACUCAAUUGAUUACCAAGAUGGUCAGGGCUCCUGGAAAAUAGAUGUCAAUGUAUGGGCGUAUUUGUUACCAGCAGCAGUUAUUAAACAAACAGGCGUAGAAGUGGUCCACUAUCCGACUUUCGCUUCAGAGGCAACUUGUAACGAAGACUGCCCCCAGCUAGGAGUACUGUAUGUGCACCUCCACAGAGCAGAGGGCAUCGCUCACGAGGACCCUGAGGAGAGUGUUGAUCCUAAUGUUAGAGUUUAUCUGAACAACCAGCAGGUGUACAAAUCAGAGACAUAUCCUAAUUCCGGUGAUCCAAUAUUCGACGAGAAAUUCCAGAUACUUGUUCGGACAAAAUACUCUACCAUUCCAGAAAUAGCUGACCAGACCCUGAGAUUUGACGUAUCCGACUAUGACAAGUUUACAGACGACGACUUUUUGGGUCAAACUUCUGUCAACCUUUCAACUGACGUGGUUGUUAACAAAGGUCUCUACCUACAGAAAAGGGCGUCAAAAGUUGGAUACAGUGUCCUGUAUGUUUCCAUGGUGUUCAAACCAGUACCAUUCUAUAAAUAGAAUUAUUGGUUCGAGGGACAAUUGUGAAAUGCAAAGUAGCUGAUUGUUCAAAAUAUAUGAAAUUUAUUAGCUGUUAACUGAUUCUUCGGGAUUAGAUUUAAAUUUUUGAAUUGAUUCUGACCCUUUUUAUUUUUCAGAAUGUGAAAAAUGUAACAUUGUUGUUUAACAGUAGACUGCUACUACGGCUAUGCAAAAGUACUUUAGCUUAAAAUGGGUCAAA